UUCUCAAUUUUUGCAAAAAAAAAAAAAUCAUUUUUAUUUAUAAUGGGCGAAAUGUCUUCUCUCUGGGGCUUUUUAGAGAAUCAGGACAUGGAGCAAUUAGGGCAGAAAUUGCUAUGUACGACUCUCGAAUUGGAGAAAUUGAAAGCUGAAGCUGUCGGGGAAAUGAGCAAAAAUAAUGAAUACAUUAAACAUUUAACGCUUCUUCUCAAAUACACACUUCACGAGCGCGACGAAGCCCGGAAUCAGCUCCACAGCCUCCUCCACGGCGGCGCGGCGGCGGCGCCGCCGCCUCCGCCUCCGCCGUUCUCCCCCGGACCGGUAUUUCUCGACGGCGUCAAACCCAAUUCCGCCGUUUCCGAUUGCAACAGCCCCUCCGACGCCGCCGUCAACCGCCGCUCCCACUCCUCCUCCCCCGUCGACUCCUCCUUCUUCGACGGCGCCGUACCGUCGCCGGGAAUUUCCAACAUCAAUUUGAUCGGCGGGGCGGCGGCGGCGGCGGCGGAUGUCCAUGAAGUCAACCGUAGGGUUUUGGUCAACGAGUUUGACCACGCGUCGCUGAUCAUCGACGGUAUUGUGAAGGGCCGGGCCCUGCCGGAAACAGGCCGGUUCUUGCAGGCGGUUCUCCACGCCGGUCCGCUUCUGCAGACGCUGCUGGUGGCGGGGCCGCUGCCGCGGUGGCGGAAUCCGCCGCAGAUUCUGGCGUUGCAGGUCCCGCCGGUGGUGGGGGUCGCCCCCUCCGAUGCCGCCGCGUUUACUAUUAAAUCCGGUCAAACUCCCCGGAAACCGGUCAACUCCCCGGCCGGCUGUGGUCAACUCUCCUGCGGAACCGCUCAAGCCCAUGCGGCGGCCCAUCUAUUCAAUUCCACCAAUUCGGGCUCGGGCUUGACUUCGGGCUUCGGGCCCGGGCCCUGCUUUACCAGCACGUCUGGAAUGAACUACAGUGGUUAUAACAGUAUGGGGAAGAGGCAAAGGUUGGUUUAAUGAUGUCAAAAAAAUUCUAAUUUUUUUGUGUACAAAGGGAAAGAAAGAAAUGAUUGGUGGUGUGUAUAUGGCAAAAAGUAUCUCAAAGGAUUCAAUUUUUUUUUUUU